AAUCCCUUCAUCCCUCUCCCUCUGCUGGUCAACCGGGAAACCCUACCCGAUAAAGAAGUGACUAUGAAGGAGGAGAUAUUGAGCGGCGUCUCGGAAAGCCUAGAGGAGAAAGAAGGCAUCCAACAGAUCUGAAUCAAGUUAGGGUUUCUAUUUGGAAGCUCAAUCAUGUCUGCUCUGAAAGAACUUCUCCCCCCGGCAAAGUCCACUACAUCAUCCUACUAUGACCACUCCAAGGAUUCCUGGUUCAAGGAUCGGUUCAGCUCCUCCGCCUCCGAUCCCUCACAGCCUGCUACCGCCGUCAAGCCAAACCCUAUCCCACCCUACGGAAAACGCUCCGGCUUCGUUCCGAGGAGGCCGGAGGACUUCGGCGAUGGCGGCGCUUUUCCCGAAAUUCAUGUUGCUCAGUAUCCUCUCGGCAUGGGAAGAAAGGAAGAGAAGCCGGGCUCCAAGAUCCUUCCCCUCACCGUCGAUUCUCAAGGGAAGGUGGCCUUCGAUGCGAUCGUUAGGCAGAACGAGAACGCAUCAAAAAUCGUCUAUUCGCAGCACAAAGAUCUCGUUCCUAAGGUCUCCGUGGAAGAAGACGAAGAAUCGGAGGAAUUGCAGAAAGAGAUUGAAGAAACCACUCAGCGCACAAAGGCUGCGCUGGAGAAAAUCGUGAACGUGAGGCUGAGCGCAGCACAGCCGAAGAAUGUUCCGACGCAAUCACAAGAAUCGAAGUACAUCAAAUACAAGCCUUCCCAGCAAUCUGCUGCGUUUAACUCUGGGGCGAAGGAGAGAAUUAUAAGGAUGGUGGAGAUGCCUUCUGAUCCUCUCGAGCCUCCCAAGUUCAAGCACAAGAGGGUCCCGAGAGCCUCCGGCUCCCCGCCGGUGCCGGUGAUGCACUCUCCACCAAGGCCUGUUACUGUUAAAGAUCAGCAGGAUUGGAAGAUCCCGCCUUGCAUUUCGAACUGGAAGAACCCUAAGGGUUACACAAUUCCUCUGGAUAAGCGUCUUGCUGCUGAUGGAAGGGGGCUUCAGGAGGUGCAGAUUAAUGAUAACUUUGCUAAGCUGUCGGAGGCUUUGUAUGUGGCUGAGCAGAAGGCGAGAGAAGCUGUUGCUAUGAGAUCCAAGGUGCAGAGGGAGUUGAUGCUGAAGGAGAAAGAGAGGAAGGAGCAGGAGCUUAGAGCUUUGGCACAGAAGGCAAGAUCAGAGAGGACUGGCAUUGCACCUGCUCCUACUGCUCCUGCCCAUAAUAAGGCUAUGCUUGAUGAUGUGGAGGAUGAUGAUGAUGAUUUAGGAAUGGAACGACAUGAGCCAUCCCUUCGCAAGGAGACGAGGGAGGAAAGGGAAGAAAGGCUGCAGCGGGAUAAGAUUCGUGAGGAGAGGAGGCGCGAGAGGGAGAGGGAGCGGCGGCUUGAGGCGAAGGAUGCUGCAAUGGGGAAGAAGAGUAAAAUAACGAGAGAUAGAGACCGGGAUAUCAGUGAGAAAGUUGCUCUGGGGAUGGCUAAUACUGGAGCAAGACAGAGUGAAGUUAUGUAUGAUCAGAGACUUUUCAACCAAGAUAAAGGAAUGGAAUCCGGCUUUAAUGCUGAUGACCAAUACAAUAUUUAUGAUAAGGGCCUUUUCACUGCACAACCUACAUUGUCUACUCUGUAUAGGCCAAAGAAAGACACUGAUUCUGAAAUGUAUGGAGGUUCUGAUGAGCAGUUGGAGAAGCUUAUGAAGACGGAUAGGUUCAAGCCUGAUAAGGCUUUCUCUGGUGUGCAAGAUAGACCUUCUGGUAGCAAGAGAGAUAGGCCUGUGGAGUUUGAUAAGCAGGAGGAGAAUGAUCCCUUCGGUUUGGAUCAGUUCUUGACGGAGGUGAAGAAAGGGAAGAAGGCGAUGGAUAAGAUUGGUGGAGGGGGUACAAUGAAAUCAAGUGCAGGGUCGUCGAUGAGAGAUGACUUUGAGGGAGGGGGUUCGGGAAGGACUCGGAUUGCAUUUGAGCGGGGACGCUGAGAGAUGGCUAUGAAAGAAGGUUUAUCACUAGCUUAUGAAGUAUCACAAUCUAUGUUGAAGAUUUAAGUAUUCAACUUUUAGGCUUUGUCUGCAUUUUAUUUUAAGCAUGUGUGAUGUUUUAUGUGUAAUCAAAAUUGUGAGAGUUUGCAUUUUAGUAUGGAAUAUAGAGUUAACAAAUAAAUUCUCUCA